AUGGCCCUAGCGGAAUUUGCCAAGUUUAAAGAACCUACGAAAUGUUUUGAUGUAGAUCGUGCAUUACGUGCUCCCAUAAAUUUACAGCAUAAUGAUGAGCUGUCAAUCUCCGUUGAACCUGUUCUUAAGGGUCAUAUGAGGCCCAUUGAACAUGGAAUCGCUUCAAAUGAUUUGAAGAUAAACUUUAUGCAUGGAACUACUUGUUUGGCGUUCAAAUUCAAGGAAGGAAUUAUUGUUUCAGUGGAUUCGCGAGCAUCUGCUGGAUAUUACAUUGCUUCUCCUCUCGUGCACAAGGUUUUGAAGAUUAACAAGCACCUUUUGGGCACUAUGGCUGGUGGCGCCGCAGAUUGUUUGUAUUGGACUCGUGUCCUUUCUAAACAUUGCCGAUUAUUUGAAUUGAGAAACAAAGAAAGAAUUUCUGUCGCUGCUGCAUCGAAACUUCUUUCCAAUAUGCUUUACAAUUACAAAGGUUAUGGACUUUGUUUAGCAUCGCUUAUUGUUGGAUAUGAUAAGAUGGGACCUGGUUUGUACUAUGUUGACAAUGACGGAACUCGUUUAACUGGUGAUUACUUCUCUGCUGGAUCAGGCUCUACAUAUGCCUAUUCUAUUCUUGAUGCAGAACAUCGUUUUGAUAUGACAAUGGAUGAAGCUAUUGAACUUGGUCGUAAGGCUAUUUAUCACGCAACUUACAGAGAUGCCGCCUCUGGUGGCAUAAAUAAUCUGUAUUACAUGGGACCCGAUGGAUGGACUUUUAUCGGUGCGAGUACCACCUUCUUCGCUCUCUUUCUCGUGGCUGUUCUUGUAUUUUGGUGCGAAUUCGUUCUCUUUUAUUUCUACCUAUUUCAAUGUACAUGGCCUCAGAUUUCGGAAGAGAAGUUGGAUAAAUUCAUCCUACCUAGUGAGAAGGCGAAACCUGUGAGGAUUCUUCUCGUUUCUGACACUCAUAUUGGCGUCAGACAUAAUCUUAUCGAUAGAAUGCGAAGACAUUGGCUGUUGAAUAGAGCUUUCAAGACAGCGAUGAACCUUUAUUCUCCUGAAGUUGUGAUUCAUCUUGGUGACCUUCUGGAUCAGGGUUUCUUUGAACCUGAUGAGGAUUUUAAUAGGGACGUGGAAAUUGUUAAAUCGAUAUUUGACAUCGAUCGGAAAUCGACCGUGUUUAAAGUACUUCCUGGGAAUCAUGACGUUGGAUUCCAUCAUCGUCUGCAUCCAUAUACCUCCAGUCGUUUUAACAGUGUAUUCCGUCUUCCAACUGACCGGAAAUAUUCCAAAGACGACGUAGAAAUUAAAGGUUCAGUAAAGCUAUGGUCCUACAAAGGCCUCUUAUUCGUUUUCCUCAACAGCAUGGCAUUCGAGGGUGACUCCUGCCGGUUCUGCCAACGUGCCGAUGAUGAACUACAACUCUUAACAAAACGCCUGCAGUGUCUUCGUGGUGAGCUACCUCUCCAAUCUUGUCAGGAUGACUUCAGAUCAAUUAUGGAGCAUGAUAGUGACGAGAUCAAUAUGGGUGACUACACCCAUCCCAUCCUGAUUCAGCACUUUCCCCUCUUUCGUUCCGAUGAAACAGUAUGUGAAGCCAACCAUCCCGACUCUAUGCCAGAAUCUGAGCGAAAGGUGCCCUAUAAACCUGGGAUUGAUUGUCUCUCUGACUCAAUCACUCGACAGCUGUUCUUCUCUAUACGGCCUCGAUUGGCUUUCGGUGGCCAUUCGCAUUACUUCUGUCAUCGUACACAUGCGGUUGGCUCUCGUUCGCUGGAUUCUAGUACUUGGAGGGUAGAGGAGUGGACCCUUCCAGCGCUCUCUUAUCGCGUAUCUGGACAUCCUGGCUUCGUUCUGCUUCACGCUUCUCGAAACGGUUACGCUGUGAAACGAUGUCACCUGCCAACAGAAUGGACAAUAGGACUCAAUUAUGCCAUUGGAUUUUGUAUAAUCAUAUUUGUCUACUGGAAUAUGCGUCGCAAACGCUACUCCCCUCCCAUUUUUCAAACUCGACCUGAUUACAUCAGUAAGAGAGAACCAUCAGAUGGUGAGGAAAGGGAAGAACCUCGAAGAAUUGGUCCACAACUAGCUCCCGACGCAAUGUCUCCUAGCACUGGUAUAGGCCCAGUCCUUCCAGAACAUAUUGUUCGAGCUCAGAUGGCAAAUGAGGCUCUGAAAGAGGAGAUAGAAGAGGUUUCGUUAGUAGAUGUCGGAGCAAUCGGACCUCUUCUACCUGGUAACGAGGUUGUCGAAGAACUUCGGCAUACGUCUCGACGGUCUAAAACCAUGCCAAGUGGUCAAUCGGACAAACUAGAACGUGAAUCCUGGAUGACUGACUACCUUCCAGUUUCAACCGACCCUCUAGCUGCCUUGAAACCUCGAAAAUUUCGUCAAGGAACUGCGCCUACUGGAGGUGUCGAUUCUUCUUGGUUUACCGUUUCUGGUAGCGGGCCACUCGAUCCCGACUCCACAUCCUCAAUAGCUAAUAUCCCUCAGCCAGAUCCUCACUCAAAGUUACUUCAGGAUGUCGUAACUGUUCGUGAUAAUACAAUGUUUGCUGUUGCCAAUGAUUAUAACAAAAAGCAUAAACGGGACGAGAGUUUAUUGGAGCGCCACCAGAGAAAACUGGCUAAAAAGGCGCAAAAGACUAAAAGAAAGACGAAGAAAAGGAAGAGUCGCGACGGUUCUUCAACAUCUAGUAGCUCUACCAGUAGUAGUAGUUCAAGCAGUGAUUCCUCAAAUACUGAGGAUCGGAAGAAACACAAGCAUCAGCAUCAUAAGAAGCGCAAAAAGGACAAAGACAAGAAAAAGAAGAACAAAAAGACUGAGGAGGUUGCUGCUCCAAUGAGACAGCCGUUUGAUCGUGAUCGAGAUUUGUUCGCCUCAAGAGUUGAUCCCCUUAAACGGAAAGCUAUUAUUGAACGUUCGAAAAACUUGGGAUCAAGAUUCGCUCACGGAGGGCAAAAGAGUUUUAUCGGGUUAUUCCGUUCUGCUAUUACCAAUACUGCCGCAAAUCUGCGGUACUUUUCUAAUGCACCAUCAGCUUCAGCUGUUCUACAGCCUUUCAAGCUCUAUAAACUUGACAAUGGUCCUCCUUCGACAACUACUUGUACUCGAGAGGAUGCUUUGAAAUACUACGAAACCAUGCAACGUGUUCGUCGCAUGGAAACUACUCUUAGUUCUCUUUACAAGGAGAAGAAGGUCCGUGGUUUCUGUCAUCUCUACUCUGGUCAGGAAGCCGUAGCUGUUGGUACUGAAGCUGCUCUUAUUCCUGGUGACGCCAUCAUCACUGCUUAUCGCUGCCACGCCUUUGUCGUCACUCGUGGAGAGUCAGUUGCUAGCGUGAUUGGCGAGUUGCUUGGAAAAUCUAAUGGUAACGUCUCCGGCAAGGGAGGUAGUAUGCAUAUGUAUGCCAAAGAAUUCUAUGGUGGAAAUGGUAUCGUCGGUGCUCAGGUUCCUCUUGGUGCAGGUGUUGCUCUUCACAAGAAGCGAAAUGGUACUAACAACCUUUGCGUCACCAUGUAUGGUGAUGGCGCAUCUAACCAGGGUCAAGUCUUCGAAACGUUCAAUAUGGCCAAGCUCUGGAACCUUCCUUGCAUUUUCGUCUGUGAAAACAACAAGUAUGGUAUGGGCACUUCCGCUCAACGUUCCUCAUGCAACACCGCUUACUACACUCGUGGUGAUGUGAUUCCUGGUCUCUGGGUCGAUGGUAUGGACAUAUUGAGUGUUCGUGAGGCAAUGCGAUAUGCUGCUGACUGGUGCCGUUCUGGGAAGGGCCCAAUUGUCGUUGAGACGGAAACAUACCGUUACUUUGGUCAUAGUAUGUCCGACCCUGGUACCAGCUACCGAACUCGUGAUGAAAUACAAACCGUUCGACGUGAACGUGACCCAAUAAUUCUCUUCGGUCGCUUUAUGACUGCCAAUGGGCUGUCUACUGAUGAGGAAAUUAAAGGGAUCGAUAAGAAGAUCCGUCAGGAGAUUGAAGAGGUUGUUCAGGAGUGCGAAAAUGCUCCUUUACCUGAGAUCGAGACCGCUUACACGCACGUAUUUCGUGAGUACCCUAGCGACUUCUUCAUCCGUGGUUCUGAUAUCACCCAGAAAAUCAUACCAAAGGCAUAA